AUGGUAGCUACGCCCAUCGUAGUCGAGGGCAAGAAUGAGGAGAAUAUGGACAUGGACUUGGGGACAGGCGGGACGAGAUCCCAACAAUCGGAUACGAGCAAGAACGAACUUCCGGACGGCCCACCACCGAUGCCAUCGUCAUGGUCAAUGGACCCUACUAUGGGUACACAGGGUGUACUCCCAUCGCAGUCCGAACAGCUCUCAACACUGGCCGUACCAACGCCUACCGAUGGCCAGGGAUCAACACUUCAAGCUUUCACCGCACCUUCGUUAUCGAUGAAUGCCACCUCGACCUUCUCUCUUAACUUUGUAGCAUCUACCAUCCGGCCAACCCUUACUGUGCAAGCAGAUGCUGUCGCGAUGAACGAGGCCAUGACCAUCCAACCUGCUUCAACUGCAGUCCCAGGCCUUCUAGCGGACUCUUUCGCACAGGAUGAAAUUGCAGCCCUUCCCGGUGUCAACCAAGACGACCCUUCAUUGGGAACAGUACCUGGAAGGAACCAAGUUCUCACCUUUGUCACCGUCACGCGAACAGCAGAAGCCAAAGAAGACAUACAGCCAUCCACUCAAACUAUCAUGGCGCCACAAGCUGUCACCACACGACAGUCCGUAUCCUCAGGGCUUCGGACAUUGUCCCUAGCUUCCGGAUCAGCCAUACCUUCCAGUCUGGCCACCGCCGUUAGUGUCGAGCCGCAGCACGGCUUGACACCCCUUGCAAGGACACUGUUCAUCCUUUUUGGAGUACUGGGCUUCGUCACGAUCCUCCUCGCCAUCGGUGUAACCCUGAUAAUGCGAUCGAACAGAAGGCGCGCACAAGCAGCCCGACAACAAGCCGCUGGAAGCCCCAUCAAAGACAUCGAAGAAUACGAUGGCUACGGAAACAUAACCCGCGUAUCCGCCAACAGCUCAAUCAAAAAUUUCCUAACCGAGCCCGAAAAGGCCAUCGUAAACCGCGCCGCUACGCCAGACGGAGAACCAGAUGCAAGCACAAGACCCUCCAACACCCUCACCGAAGCCAUCAACUCCUUCAUAACCAAAUCGCGUCGCCUGACGUACAAAAUAUCGCCCUGA